CAACAACAACAACAACAACAACAACAAAGAGCCGGCUUAACAGUUACGACGUUAGAGGAACCAGAAUCGGAAAUAGUCGGGCCAGUCUCACCUGCGCUCUCACUGGGCGGGUGUGCGCCUCACCGGAUUCUCCUCUCACCAAUGGCAUCAUGCAUCUGAGUGAACUACUGCAAUGGGUAUGUGUACACGUGUCCCUUUUGUUCCCCUGUCACGCCUCGUCCAGGUCAUUGUCAUAAAUGUGUUUCGGUAUCCCAGUCUCUUCCUCUCCAACUACCUGUUUCCUCCUCCUCAUUAAGUAGCCUUCCACAAACCCCAUUUUCUAUUCCUUCUAUCACUCGUCUCUCCUCUUCCUUGCUGUUAUUGCCGAGAAAGCGUGUUGGAAUCGGUGCGGUUGUGGCAGCCAUGGCGGGUUCGUCGAGCACUGUCCUUGUUACUGGAGCUGGUGGAAGAACAGGUCAAAUAGUCUAUAGGGAAUUAAAGGAGAGGUCAGACCAAUAUGUUGCCAGAGGUCUAGUUAGAACAGAUGAGAGUAAGCAGAAAAUUGGUGGUGCAGAUGAUGUUUUUAUUGGAGAUAUAAGAGAUGUUGGAAGUAUUGUUCCUGCAAUUGAAGGUAUAGAUGCUCUCAUAAUUCUCACAAGUGCUGCUCCACUAAUGAAGCCAGGCUUUGAUCCAACCAAAGGCGGAAGGCCCGAGUUUUAUUUUGAUGAUGGGGCGUACCCUGAACAGGUUGACUGGAUUGGGCAGAAAAAUCAAAUAGAUGCUGCUAAGGCUGCUGGAGUGAAGCAAAUUGUGUUGGUUGGGUCAAUGGGUGGCACGAAUCCAGACCAUCCUUUGAACAAAUUGGGUAAUGGAAAUAUACUGGUUUGGAAGAGAAAGGCUGAGCAGUAUCUGGUUGAUUCUGGUAUUCCAUACACAAUUAUAAGAGCUGGUGGCUUGCAAGAUAAAGAUGGCGGUCUUCGAGAACUAAUCACAGGGAAGGAUGAUGAGCUUCUUCAGACAGAAACUAGAGCCAUACCUAGAGCUGAUGUUGCAGAAGUCUGCAUUCAGGCACUAAAGUUUGAGGAGGCUAAGUUCAAGGCAUUUGACUUGGCAUCAAAACCAGAGGAAACAGGCGCACCCACAAAGGACUUCAAGGCUUUGUUUUCUCAGAUCACCACUCGCUUUUGAUUUUCAAGUUCAUCAUUCUGAAUCAUCCCAUUCUGCAAGUUCCUUUAUGAUGGAUUUUGUUGUCAUUUGUUGUACCUAAAGCAGCGUACGUUUGCUUCAUCACUCGCAGCCUGGUAAAAGAUUGUUUCAUCCUCAAGAAAACUUUAUUGGAUCCGUCGAUUCCUUUGCUUCAUCAUAAUGAUGUGGCUUGUAUGCUCUCAAUCUUAAGAAACCUUUAAAUCAUAUUGUUUAUGAUUCAUCGAUGGCGUGAUAUAUUUUUAGGCGAGAACAGUAGUCAAGUUGUCAUGAAAGGUAGCUUUGGUGACUGAUUAAUCACGUUGGAUCAAGCUUUUCCUUCAUAAGUUACUUGUCAUAGUUGCUGAUUAA